AUGAGAGAGAUCAUUAGUUUGAACGUCGGUCAGGCCGGUUGCCAAAUCGCCAACUCCUGCUGGGAGCUUUACUGCCUUGAGCACGGCAUCCAGCCCGAUGGAUACCUCACUGAGGAGCGCAAGAAGGCCGACCCUGACCACGGAUUCAGCACUUUCUUCUCUGAGACUGGCCAGGGUCGCUACGUUCCUCGUACCAUCUACGCCGAUCUCGAGCCCAAUGUCGUCGACGAGGUCCGCACUGGUACCUACCGUGCUCUUUUCCACCCCGAGCAGAUGAUCACCGGAAAGGAGGAUGCCUCAAACAACUACGCCCGUGGUCACUACACCGUCGGUAAGGAGAUGAUCGACCAGGUUCUGGACAAGGUUCGCCGUGUGGCCGACGCUUGUGCCGGUCUCCAGGGUUUCCUUGUCUUCCACUCUUUCGGUGGUGGUACCGGUUCUGGUUUCGGUGCUCUCCUGAUGGAGCGUCUGUCCGUCGACUACGGCAAGAAGUCCAAGCUCGAGUUCUGUGUUUACCCUGCUCCCCAGAACGCCACUUCCGUUGUUGAGCCCUACAACUCCAUCCUGACCACCCACACUACCCUGGAGCACUCCGACUGUAGCUUCAUGGUCGACAACGAGGCUAUCUACGACAUCUGCCGCCGUAACCUUGGCAUCGAGCGCCCCAGCUACGAGAACCUGAACCGUCUGAUUGCUCAGGUUGUCUCUUCCAUCACUGCUUCGCUCCGUUUCGAUGGUUCCCUCAACGUCGACCUGAACGAGUUCCAGACCAACUUGGUCCCCUACCCCCGUAUUCACUUCCCUCUGGUUGCCUACUCUCCUGUCAUCUCUGCCGACAAGGCUUCCCACGAGGCCCACUCUGUCACUGAGAUCACCUCCAACUGCUUCGAGCCUAACAACCAGAUGGUCAAGUGUGACCCCCGCAACGGCAAGUACAUGGCUACCUGCCUUCUGUACCGUGGUGAUGUUGUUCCUAAGGAGGCCCACGCCGCCGUGGCCACCCUUAAGACCAAGCGUACCAUCCAGUUCGUCGACUGGUGCCCUACUGGAUUCAAGCUCGGUAUCUGCUACCAGCCCCCCCAGCAGGUCCCCAACGGCGACCUCGCCAAUCUCAACCGUGCUGUCUGCAUGUUAUCCAACACCACCGCCAUCGCCGAGGCCUGGUCCGCUCUCGACCACAAGUUCGACCUCAUGUACUCCAAGCGUGCCUUCGUUCACUGGUACGUUGGUGAGGGUAUGGAGGAAGGUGAAUUCUCUGAGGCCCGUGAGGACCUGGCUGCCCUCGAGCGUGACUACGAGGAAGUCGCCAGCGACUCGCUCGAGGAGGAGGAGUUGGAGCCCGAGUACUAG